UUUUGGAAAAAGAAAACUUGUAGCCAAAGUGUGCGGUGCAUCCUGGGAGACGGACAAACAUGGGUACGUGAAGCUGUGCAGGGCAACACCGCAAUCAGCCAAUAAAAACUGUUCGCCUCAACGGAGAAAACUCGACUUUUUAAAAUCCUGGAGAAAUCGAAGCUUCACGGCUGCUUUGCGUCGUUGAGUCUGGCCCGGUGCUGCUAUGAUGUGUGUCCGCUGCUCUGCGAAGCUCCGCCUGGGAAGUGAAUGUUUGACCGGAUGAUGGACAGGAACUACCCGACCUCCAGCUUUGCGGACGGGCUGGCUCCUCCAGCACAGACCGGGGCUGCGUGGGCCUACGACCGCAGCAUCGCUGGUGUUAAGACGAGUUCCAGUUAUGGUGCAGCAAAUCUUGACACGGAGCUUCUCCAGCGGCAAAGCUACAGUUCUUCCCACCAGCUUCCAACCUACACUACGUCACACCUUCCAGCAGCAACAGGAGCACAUGAUCCAAAUAGUAAUUCUUCUGAGACCUCAAUCAUGAGCUUCCUCUCAGCCAUGGAGUCCAGGAGCCUUCAGACUGGUCCUGUUAGUGCCUCACUACUUCCCCCAUUUAGACCCUGUUCAUGGUCUUCUGGUACCAACACUUCCACCACAGAACUGUAUUUGACUGGUGCCCUACCUUCUACUGCAACUUUCCCAUCUCCUGCUGCUCUAUCAUCCUAUCAGCACAUUGGUGCCUACCCUUCCAGAGGUUAUGCUACCACCUCACCCCUCGUUCUCCAGGAGUCUGCCUUCAGCACUUCCACCAAUGGUGUUUUCUCUCACCAUGAACCCCUCCUUCAUCUUAAAUCAAGCCAGUCUGUGCUUCCCACUGCCUUGGCCUUCAGUCAUCUCUCUGCCCCCACUUUGGGAUCUGCUCUUCCUGUACAGUCCUCCACUUAUCGUUCUGCCCAGGAGUCAGCCCCCCACCUCCUUCAACCCCAGUUCAACCUUCUGCCUUCUCCUCUGCCUGCUUCCCAUGGUGCCACCCAACCCUAUGGGGCCACCAUUUUCUCUGGGUCUAUUGAGCGAGCCCUUCAGCGAGAAUGUAGUGUGAUCAAACACCAUCAGAGGCCUUCUAGUAGCCACACAACUUCAGAACAUUUGCACAAUUCAGAGCACUCUAUACAGGAGUAUUUUGGCUCUAGUAGUGAAGUAGAUAUGUCAUACCAACAAGACCCAUCCCGCCAGACACCAGUGACUUGCAAUACUUCCAGACAAGCUGGUCCUUCUGAAGGACUCAAUGGUCCCCCACAGCCCAAAACGGACUCAGUAACUCAAGAUUAUUUGUCUGCUUCUCUGCCAAAGGCUAAAGGCUGCUCUUCUAAACUACUUCCACACCCCAGUGGUGGUGAAGAGGGUCACGGGUACUCUCAGAAUACAAGGGGGUCUUCUGAACAGUAUUCAUCUUCAGAACAGAAACAGAACUCUGUAAUUGCUAAUCAGCAGUCAGUCCAACUGUCCAGCCUAAUGUCCAGCAGUCUGUCUCAAACUUAUAUUAGUCCCCACACCCAAUCACAACCUUCUCAUUCAAACUCAGAUAAACUGUCUUCCGUUUGCAAGACUCUACCUUCUCUCUCCAGCCAGUCUGGGAGUAUGGUGUCUGAUAGUCAGACUCUUGUUUAUUCUUCCAGUCCUGGGCUAAACCAGGGGCAGGAGGCUCAUUAUGAAGCACAGGUCCAAGAUUUGUGUCAGGGAAAGGUUACUGAACAUUACCAUACACCUCAGUCUCAGGGUGCCCCAAAUGUGACUUAUACCUCUCAGACACAGGGCCAGGUGUCAGUAACUCAGUGUUCAAGCUAUGCUGCAGGACAAUCCCUUAACACGUCUUACUCACCCACAUGUACACAAAGUUUACCAGAUGUUGAGUACACUUUGAUGCAGGCUUCAGUGGGAGGUAAAACACAUGACACUUUGUCCCAGCAACAGACCCAGUCCCGCAAUGUUUUGUCUGUACUCUUACCCGGCUACUCAGCUACUCAAGUUUUGCAAAAUAAUGGCAGAUCCUUAAUACAGGACAUAAAGCCAGUCUAUGGAAAGCAGAAACUUGAAGAGCUACCCAUCCAGGACCUUCAGUCUAUGCGGCAGUCAUCCCUGGAAGCCUCUGCUGCAGAUGGCAAUAUGACUGCUCACAAUAAUAUCAUCUAUGUCAUUUCAAAAAUGGAUGACCCACAAAAAACACAGAGUGUUAUCCGAAGCAGUUCACGUUCUGAUGACCAUCUUAUGGGAAUAGGUCAUGCAAAUAUGUCCCAGGUAAAAGAAGCAACCGGUUUGUCCAUCAGUCAACAGAACAUUGAGGUCAGCAGCUGUGUCAGUGGUCAGGAAACUGCCAAUCCAAAAACUGUAAACUCCAGUAUUAUGUCUGUACAUGUACCACUGAGGUCAGAGCACCUCAAGCAGCAGUCUCUGCAACAUGGUUCUCUUGAACAGCAAAGUCACCAGAUCCACAGCCAGACUCCCACAUCCCAUGCUCAGUUUAUCACAGUCUCUGGCACUCAGGUUGUGCUGGAGCCCAGUCCGAUGAUUCUGCUUCAGCAGCCUUUUAUCCAACAUGGUGAAAGCAUUUCAAAAGUGCCCUCAGUGGAAGGAUUCCAGCCAGUUCAAGGAUUGAGCUCUGUUCAUGUUCAGUAUGUUCAGAUGGGUCAAGAAUUGUUGGGGCCCAGUGUCAGUGAACCCCAGAGUCAGCAGGGCACAUUAGAAUCUGAACAGAGUUCAAGAUGUGUAGAUUCCUCUAAAGAUCUUCUGUCCUCAAAAGACCACUACAGCAAUUCAACCAAUCAGCAGUCAAGUGAAGCCAAGAACCACUUUGUCCUCAACUCCAUUUGCUUUCCAGACUCUAUGCUACUUGCAGAUGACCGAAAUAUUCUGUCAAAUGUGGAUGACAUCCUAGCUGCUACAGUGGCUGCCUGUGGAGUCACACCACAAGACUUUGUCAAAGCAACAUCAUCUGCAGAGGAAGAAAUGGCAACAAUUGCAAGUCCCACUGAUUCCAAAGAUAGCUUCCAGACAGUGAAUAUAACACACAUGUCUCCUAGUUUCUCCUCUGCUCAGCAAGCAGUUAUCACCAACACUAAUGUUCAUACCCUGCCCAUGACACUAAAUGAUGCUCAUGUGUCAACAGACUGCAAAGGGCAGCCAAUGCACAAAAACAGUAGUUCUGGACUUCAUACUAAUGGGUAUGGAGGGAACUCUGAAAACCACUAUCACUUAGGUGGGCAGACAUAUGACAUCUCCAGUCUCCACAAUGGAGUCAAAGGAAAUGCAAAGGAUAUUAAAACAGAGGAUGGCCACAUGGAAUACUCAAGCUCUGACAGUUUAGCCAAAAACAAGGCUCACUCCAAGUCAUUGACUAAAACAGUUAGCCCAGAAGACGAGAAUGGACAGAGCAAACUGGCCAAGCGCAGUGGGCAGGCAAAGUGGCAAAAUUCCAGGGGCAGUGACAUCAGCUCCUCGUCACCCUCAAACAGUGUGCACGAUGGUUGUCCACAGCAGGAGAGAAUCUGGCAAAAGAUCCGUGAAGUGGAAGAGAAACAGCCAGAGGUUAAAACGGGCUUUAUUGGCUCUUUCUUGGACUUCCUCAAAUCUGGCCCAAAACAACACUCCUCCCAGAGUCCUGUGCGAGCUGUUAGUCGCCCCAAAAAGCAGUAUACCUCAUCCAAACAACAGCCAUGUACUUUGCCUACUUUGCCUUCCUCCAGUAUGCAGACUGUGACUGGGCUUUUGAUUCCCCAGGAGGGUCAUGCAGGGAUGUCUCAGCAGAAACGCCUGGAUGAAGACUUGCAAAAAAACCUGGAGACACUGCCAUCAUUUAGCUCAGAUGAAGAGGAGAAUACUGGGAAAAACCAGGCUCUGAGGAACAGCAUCAGCUCAGCCUUGUCGGCACUAGAUGAGUCUUCAGAUCGCAGAAGCAGGACUGGUGAUGGCCUACAAAGCACCUUAUCUAGAACUUCUAAUGAUAUUAAAAUCCCUGCAACUGUGUUGAAGCAAGACCAAACACCCAGCAUGCCACACGCUGUCACAGAGACCUAUUUGCUGCAGGUAGUCUCUCCUUUAGUGACUACAAACACCAGCUCAAGAGGGACUCUGUUUGCUAACGAAGAUGAAUCAAAAGAGACUCAAACAGACGAGGUCGCUGCACAGUUGUUGAAUGUUGCCAUCGAGGGUCUGACUGAUGAAGAGUUAUCAGACAGCGGAGGGGAGGGAAUGUACCGGGAGCGAGACGAGUUUGUCGUCCGGAAGGAGGAUAUGGAAAGCUUGAAGGAAACUAUGAGAACAGGGACUGAACCUCCAGCCAUUUGGAAAGUCCAGAAGGCAUUGCUGCAGAAGUUUGUACCCGAGUUAAGAGAUGGGAAAAGAGUCUUUUCAGCCACUAACAGUUAUCUUGGAUACUUUGGUGAUGCUAAAACAAUGUACCAGAAAGUAUAUGUCAAGUUUUUGGAUACAGUUAAUAAAAAGGAGUAUGUACGCAUUUGCAGUCGGAAACCACGCUGUAAGCCAAUGAACUCCCCCAGGAGUUCUCAAGUGAAAGUAUUACUGGGUUUGACUGCCCCCUCUUACACCGUGCCCCAGAGUCUAAAGCCCAAACCCAAACAACCCAAGUCAAGGGCAGAGCCGCCACCUAAGAAGAGGAAGAAAUGGAAGGAGUUUGCCUCCAGCUCAUCCGCAGAUGAGGGUGGUGAAGAUGAUGAGUUAAAUCCACCAGUGCCGCUUACCUCACGUUUCCUCAAUACACGUACUAUGAAGGAGACAUUCAAGAGCUACCUGGAACUGGUUAUCAGCACAGUGUUAGACAGCGACGUGAUGGCGACUCUUGAGCGGGAGAACGAUGAGUUGCUGCUGCCACAUAUGAGGAAAGUAGAUGGUAUGAUUGCUGACAACAGGAAGCGUCUGCUCCAUAAGCUGCACAUGGGUCAGGUCCUAAAGACGGCUCUCGACAGUUUCCCAGAACUCUCAGUCGUGACUGAACUGAAAAAGGAUGGAGAAACUACAGCUUUUAAGUUGCAUCUUAGUGGGAAAGCCUACAACAAAAAGACCAUGAAGCCCUACAAAAUGCCUAACAAAGUGCCACAAGAGUACAUGGUGGAGCAGCAGAAAACCCAGUGGUUCUCUCUGUACCACUCUUUGCAGCAUUACAAGUACCACACAUACCUCAUGUGUAAAGACGAGAUUGCGUCUCUUCGGGGACAGGCCAGAGAGCUGGGACAGGAGGAGACCAUACACAAGUGUCUGCAGAAUGCAUCUUGGGUAGAGAAGCUCUUUGAACGUUUUGGGGAGCUGAUCAGUCAAGUGCAGAAGGUCUGCGGCUAACCCAUAAACACAAAACACCUCCAGUAGCAAACACAGAGUGGAAUAAAGAAUGGAAUGGAGUGAGAGUUUUCAAUCGGACACCUGCCAGCUGAAUUACUGGAGAGACUUGCGUCAUUUUUGUCAAAGGGUGACCAGUUGGCAGGAAAAUAGUUUGUGUUAAAGGUAGUAUGUUGAUGAACAAUGAGGCUUCCAAGAGCAUUUUGGAGGAUUGCCACAAAAUGCUUCUUCUAGUUUUUUUUUUUUUUUUUUGUAGCUACGAUCCCACUUUACUUUUCAUGGGCCGUAUUAUAAAUUUAUAGUGUUUACUUUUGAAUGGCAGAUCAGCGAGCAUGUACUAUAGACUUAAAUCAACAUAGGACAGUGUAGAAAAAUCAAAAUGCAGAAAUUUGCCAGCAGAUAUGGCAAGGCUUCAAUCAUUUUCAGAGUAGGUUAAAAUAGAGAGAUGAUUUAAUGUUUUGGAAUUUUUUUAUGCAAGUAUAUAACUGUGAUUGCAAAAAAUGCAGUUUGUAUAAUGUCAGUUUUGUAAUAAAGCACCAACUUAUGUACAUUUUGUAUAAAAAGAACAGGCAGGUGGCAGUUGUAGUGACUCCUUUCAAGAGGAAUGUGGUCAUUAUAGAUCUAUAUUGUGCUUCAGAUUUUGUCCUCCAAAAAUCCUUCUGUUUAUAACAUCUCUUUUGAUAGAAGCAAAUUUUUUUUAUAAUCCAUUUUGUUAUGUGAACGUAACAUAAAGUGGCUGCGAUGCUUCUCCUUUACAAACAUAUCCCACAUUUUAUGACAAA